AUGGGAAAUCAAAAGUUCGAUGAAUUUUGGGUGAAGAACUUGAAUGUGAAGGUGCUGCUCCGUGUCAUGCCUUGGGCAGCCUUCCAUUUCGAAAAGUGUCUUGACAUCGCCACAGGAGAGUUGGAAGAGGAGCGGAGAGCCCUGCUGGCGGAACUUCUCUGGGGUCCUGGACCUCCCCUGCUGGAGAUCAUGUUGGACCGCUUUGGGAACUACAUCGCCCAGCGGGUGAUCGCCCUGAGCAGCAGUCAGGAAGAAGAGCGCCUGCAGGAGCUGCUCGAAAAAGUAAGGCACAAACUGAGACAAAGCACGAAUGGUAAGAGGAUUCUACAGGCUGCCCGGCGGAAAUUUGAAGUCUGA